AUGUUCUUCUUCCUUCUCUACUUCACCUCAAAUGCCGCGAUGUUGAUCCGCAUGGCAAUCAAGGCGUCCAACGAGCGACGGAUGCAAUAUGAUGAGGUGCUAGGCUGGAGUUUUGUGCAAUUCAUGAUGCUCUUCGUCUUGCUGGUUCGAUAUGUCUGGAUAAGCAUCAUCACGGCCGAGAUCGGUCUCCCGGACAGCCUAAGGAUUGCAGCUGCGACCGCGGGCACAUUGUUUUUGUGUGUGGGCCUCGGAAUGAUGCCCCUUUUCUUCAUCUAG